CCGAAACUCAGAAUGGAACAACAUAAGGUAAAUAAAUCCCAAUAAAUGUAUGGAGCGUUUUCGAUGCAAGAAUUCACAUUAGACGUUUAAAUAUUUAUUUAUAACUAUCCAGUAUCCAGGACCUGCUGCCUCAUUCAACUAUUUGUAACAGUUUUUAUCAAAUCUCUUGGCUCCAAGAAAAAAUAAAAUAAAUUGUAGUGACAUGGAGUCAAAUAUGAGCAUUGGUGCAUGUAAAAUAAGACCAAAAAAGUUGUUAACACAAUUUUUUUUUUAAAUUAAAAAAUGCGUGAGCGUGUUUUGGUGUUGUUUUCAUUUUGAUCAUAGAACUGUGGCGCCACCUAUCAUGUUUGUGACUGUUAGCCGCAAUCAUGCGUGUUGCCAUUUUCGUUAAACGAGAACUCGCGGUGCUUGAAAUCGAAAUAAACUGUUCAAAACAUCAGUAAAUCAUUUUAUAAAGCUGAAUUACUUCCAAUAAUAAAAAAAAGUACUAAUUAAAAUGCAGUUUACAAUAAAAAAUUAAUUAAAAUGCAGCUUAUAUUCAAAAUUAACUCGCGACAAAUUCUUGUAACAUCAGAGUCUCUCACCACCAAUUACCCUAGGAUCUCUACAUUCUCCAACCCGGAAUCUUUUCAAUGUCAGCACGCCGAAAAAUGAAGCCUCUUUGAUAGCAGCAGCAGCCAACGAGUCGGGCGUCAAGGAACCGUCGUCUGCCACACACUCGGAUGAACAAGAUGAAGUCGGCCUUCUCCCGCCUCAAGAUGAAGUCGGCCUUCUCCCGCCUCAAGAUGCUCAAAUAUGCAACACCCGUCAUCCAGGUGACGAUCAACAGAUGGGCACGUUCGAUGAAGUCAAUUUAGACGACAGCUCCGUCAUAGAGUUUUCACACCUGCAGCUCAAAUUGAAAUCGCCGGUCCCAAGUCCAGCGACCAGGAGGCAGUACGCGAAGGAAGUGGUAUUAGAUCCUCGGCUGUUGUCGAGGCCGAGAAUAGAAUUUGCAGAUAUCGCGCUUCGCGGAUCUUCGCCGCUGAUACGGACACUACCCCAACAAGGUGCUUCAGAGCUGCAUACGCAAUACAGCGCUUCAUCGAUGCAGCAAUUCAGCUUAACGGAGUCUUCUGUUCCAACAGAUUGGACAUUUCAGCCAUUGGUUCUACCGGCAUCACCAGUGCAGCCUCCUGUAACACUUGAGCCCCGGCAGAUGUACCAACCGGAGAUAUUACACUGCCAGCACAGGGCAGGGGCGCAUACCUUUGAUCCACUGAAUCAUCGUGAGGAUUCAUCAUCUAAGCAGUCACCUGAAACUUUGGCCACGCCCUUUGGUCAAACAAAGUUGGAGCCCGCCCACCCGCUCGACUGUUGCUCUGACCACGAGCCCUUUAGUCACGUGUUCAGAGAGACGGCGCCACCUUCAGACGAGUUCCUGCACCCGAGCGUCACUGCCAUAACACUGGAAGCAGGACCGUCCAUCAGAAGGCCCGCAAAGUCCAGCUGUGUAAACACUGCUUUGAAAUUUCCAUGGAGUACUCCACAGAAGUCUCCGCAAUACAACUUUCUCACAGGUCAGUUAAUUACAAGAGGUUUUUGAGACUGGGUAGAAGGAAUGCGUCCAUCCUCAUCAACAUCUGAGAUUGGUAGAAUGUAUGAGUUCAUCCUCAUCGACAUCUGAGAUUGGUAGAAUGUAUGAGUUCAUCCUCAUCGACAUCUGAGAUUGGUAGAAUGGAUUCGUCCAUCCUCAUUGACAUAUGAGAUUGGUAGAAUGGAUGAGUUCAUCCUCAUUGACAUCUGAGAUUGGUAGAAUGUAUGAGUUCAUCCUCAUCGACAUCUGAGAUUGGUAGAAUGGAUUCGUCCAUCCUCAUUGACAUAUGAGAUUGGUAGAAUGGAUGAGUUCAUCCUUAUUGACACAUGAGAUUGGCAGAAUGGAUGAGUUCAUCCUCAUUGACAUCUGAGAUUGGUAGAAUGGAUGAGUCCAUCCUCAUCGACAUAUGAGAUUGGUAGAAUGGAUUCGUCCAUCCUUAUUGACAUAUGAGAUUGGUAGAAUGGAUGAGUUCAUCCUCAUUGACAUAUGAGAUUGGUAGAAUGGAUGAGUUCAUCCUCAUUGACAUCUGAGAUUGGUAGAAUGGAUUCGUCCAUCCUCAUCGACAUCUGAGAUUGGUAGAAUGGAUGAGUUCAUCCUCAUUGACAUCUGAGAUUGGUAGAAUGGAUGAGUUCAUCCUCAUCGACAUCUGAGAUUGGUAGAAUGUAUGAGUACAUCCUCAUUGACAUCUGAGAUUGGUAGAAUGUAUGAGUCCAUCCUCAUUGACAUAUGAGAUUGGUAGAAUGGAUUCGUCCAUCCUCAUUGACAUAUGCGAUUGGUAGAAUGGAUUCGUCCAUCCUCAUCGACAUCUGAGAUUGGUAGAAUGGAUUCGUCCAUCCUCAUCGACAUCUGAGAUUGGUAGAAUGGGUGAGUCCAUCCCCACUGACAUAUGAGAUUGGUAGAAUGGAUGAGUCCAUCCCCAUUGACAUAUGAGAUUGGUAGAAUGGGUGAGUCCAUCCCCACUGACAUAUGAGAUUGGUAGAAUGGAUGAGUCCAUCCUCAUCGACAUAUGAGAUUGGUAGAAUGGGUGAGUCCAUCCCCACUGACAUAUGAGAUUGGUAGAAUGGAUGAGUCCAUCCUCAUCGACAUAUGAAUUUGGUAGAUUAGUAUAAAGCAUUGAAGACUAAAAAGUAUUAAGCACACGAAGAAAUUUCACACCUGUAUUGGAUGACGUAGAAAACAGGUUUGUUGGUCAUAGAAAAUACCCCCGCGCUGGUCAUAGUAAAUACCCUCCCUCCCUGAUCAUAGUAAAUACCCUCCCUCCCUGAUCAUAGUAAAUACCCUCCCUCCCUGAUCAUAGUAAAUACCCUCCCUCCCUGAUCAUAGUAAAUACCCUCCCUCCCUGAUCAUAGUAAAUACCCUCCCUCCCUGAUCAUAGUAAAUACCCUCCCUCCCUGAUCAUAGUAAAUACCCUCCCUCCCUGAUCAUAGUAAAUACCAUCCCUCCCUGAUCAUAGUAAAUACCCUCCCUCCCUGAUCAUAGUAAAUACCCUCCCUCCCUGAUCAUAGUAAAUACCCUCCCUCCCUGAUCAUAGAAAAAAAACCUCCACACAAAAAAAAUUAAUUAAUUUAAAAAAUAAAACAACCAAAAAUAUUUAAAAAGAGAUAUUGUGUAUGUGUAUAUAUAUCAAUACCACUACCGUCUGAUCCAUGAACUAAUUUUGAGUAGAUCGACAAAACUUCAUUGAAAGUUUUAUUAUAAAAAUCUUAAAUGAAAAUGUUCAGAAAAAAAUGACAUAUAUGCAUAUGAUAGAGGAUUUAUUUCAUUACUCCCAACAUUCAUAUAUGUGUAGGCCGCACACGGGUAGAACAAUGUCAUCAGAUGUCUCACGUAAAGUACUGGGUUAUUCGGCGUGACAUCUGUACAAAAGAAACCAGGUCACCGAGUCCAUGUCCAACAGUCUUGACCAGACAAAGUGUCAUAACAACUACCGGCCCAUAUAAUUUAUUGACCUCCAGGGCUCAACAAUGCAAUGUUUUAGAGUUGGAUGCCUGCUAUGAAUAUGUAUACAAAUAUGUCUGGUUUGUACGGCCUGUAUGUGUGUGUGUAAAUGUGGAAAAAAAAAAAAACCCACCAAAACCAACGAUAUCUGACCACUAUGAGCCCUACUAUAACUUUUUAUAAAAUAUGUUCAAGCCUCCCCAGACUCCCCGUUCCCACCACCCCCACCUUACUCCGAGUGCACACACCAGAGUCCGUUCAAAGAUCAGAAGUUAGCCCACGAGGAGCGGUUCUCGAGCUCACGUCCCCAGCCACACAUCAGCGUCAUCCCCAUGAGGGAUCAACCGGACGAAGACCCUUAUAAACUGUUCAGCCCCAUUUACGGGCCGAAGAUCGGACGGAUGGACGCCCUUGAUGCUAUCGGGUACAACAAUUUUUUCCACCCUGCCCGAGUGGGAACACGAACUCAGGUAGCGCUAGUAUUAAACGCACUGCUGUGACGCCAUCAAGCUUAGAUCACGUGUACAUGUGCUCAACAUUAAAUUAUCAGAACAUUUAAACAACAAAAAAAAAAAAGCAGGGCCGGCCUUAGGCCACUGCACCCUAUGCGGCCUUAGGCCACUGCAACCUAUGCGGCCUUAGGCCACUGCAACCUAUGCGGCCUUAGGCCACUCAAACCUAUGCGGCCGCAGUGGGCCCGGCACUUUAUUUUCUAAUACAAAAUCUUAAUUUUCACUUAUUAUCCUAAUCCCUACCCAGACUGGGCCCCGCGCAAUCCGUUUCGCAUAGGGCCGCGCGAUUGUUAGGGCCGCGCGAUUGUUAGGGCCGGCCCUGCGUGAAAGGUUAUUCAGUGGCGUUUUUAUUUAAUGGCAUUUUUUUUGGGAGGUGAUGUUAGUCCUUGGUAGUCCUUAACAAGACAUUUUUAAACAUUAAUAUAAAUGGAAUAUGGAAUAUAUCUUGAUGGUCAUACUUCAUCGUUUGUGUCAUAUGAUAGGCCUAUAUAAUACGAGUAGUUCUACAGGCAAUAAGAUUUAUACUCUAUUGCAUGUCAACACACAUCCAUAGCUUAUAGCAGGCCGACACAACUCAAAAUGUAAGACGGGUCGUUUGCUGUGCAGGCCUGGCCUAUAUAGCUCCAUCACCAAGCCUUUCGUUUCAGCAACCCGUCCGAUCGCAGUUUGAGACAGCAGCUGACCUCCGCCAAUCCGGGCCCCCGAAAUCUGACCACCAGGCGUUGGCAUUCGUGUCUUGUCUCUUCUGCUGGCCCAUUGGACUUGUGGCCAUUUACUACUCCAAUAUGGUACACGACUUGUUUUUUUAAAAUGGUGUCAUCUUCCUUGAUAUUGAUGGGGUCAAUAUGAUUUUCAUACCACUAUUUAAGUUAAUGAUUAUAAAUUAAUACUUACAAUUUAAAAAGACAGAUUCAGUUCUAAUUUUGCUUAACUCUGCUGUCUGCUUGUACACAUCUUGUCUCUUGGUAGACAUUUUGUCUGUUGGUAGACAUUUUGUCUGUUGGUAGACAUCUUGUCUCUUGGUAAAUAUCUUGAGGCAGUUUCUGAUGACACACUGUAAUUUUUUGUAGUUACUAAAUGGUCCAUGGCAGAAUAUGCCAUUGCACAUGUUUAUUUAUUAAGCAUGAGAGAGACAUGUAAAUUAAAGAUACCUUUCAUAAUAAGAAAUAUUUAAAAUUUUCAAACUCUAUAUAUAACACCACCCCCACCCCGCCAUAUUAUUGAUUUCAAUGGGGUCAAUAUAAUUUGAGCAGAAUUAAUCACUCAAUGUGUCUUUUGUUGUGACUCUAGCUUCAUAUAAUAUUUAUUAAAAAUCUUAAUUUGUUCAAUUUGUUCCAAAAUAAAUUAAAUAUAAAAGAAUGCUUUAAUAAAGUUUAUCGAAUGCAUAAACACUAAAAAUUAAACUAGAUGGAAAUUACAAGAUGACAACAUACUUGAAUUUUUAAAGAAAACGAAGUUGUAAUUUAUCAUCAAAUAAUUUAAUGUGGUAACACAGACUGCCAUCUUGCUGGCUGUUUUUUUUUACAUUGUGAACUGAUAAAAUGCAUAUUCUCUCCCCUUCCCCCAGUGCCACAUUCUCAAAUCAGAAGGAGAGUAUGAAAGAGCAC